AUGGCUUUGAAAGUUGAGAUCAGUCGCCGAGAAACAAUCAGACCACUCUCUCCGACUCCUGCCAACCGGAGAUUCCACAACCUCACCAUUCUAGACCAAACGACGCCGGCUGCUUACGUCCCAGUCUGCCUCUUCUAUUGCCCAUCCGACGAGAAUACAGUUAUUGCCGACGCACUGAAGGCUUCCCUCUCCCAAACCCUAGACGCAUACUACCCGCUCGCGGGACGUUACAAGGACGCCGUCACCGUGGAAUGCAACGACGAGGGUGUCGACUUCGUGGAAGCUGACGUUGCAGCAGACAUGUCGGACGCUCUUCAGGAGCCUGAAGAGGAUAGGUUGUUGGCCUUGCUGCCUUGUCGGCCUCGUGAGAGGCGUGUUGACGCGGAGGGCAGGCUCAUCCUUUUAGCCGUCCAACUGAACUUUUUCGGGUGUGGGAGUGUAGCUGUUGGCGUCUGCAUGUGGCAUGGCGUGGCCGAUGCUUGCACCCUGGCUUGCUUCCUUCGAGCCUGGGCCAUGUCCAACAACUCUCGCGGCUGCUCCAGCUGCCUGGGCUGUCCCAGUCUACUGGAUGCGGCAGGAUCAGCGGCGCAACCACUCACGACAGGUUAG